UACAUUCACUUAUAUUGUCACUCAAACAUUGACUGAUUGACUUCAUUCAUGUUUCGCUUCUUCCGCCGCUACGCAUCCACCGCCGUCUAUGAAACCUCAGGCGACCGGAAACCCAUCGUCGACUACCUUCGCAAUACCCUUCGAUUCUCUCAAAAAGACGCCAAUUCUAUCUUCACAAAAGGAAAAGAAUGUCGGCAAAUGUUGCGAUUUUGCGAAAAUUUGGUUUAUCUAAUGAGAGGAUUGUCAAGUUUGUGUUGGGGAACCCUGAAAAGGUUUUGGUAAAAUCUAAGCUACUUGAAUCUAAGUUGAGUUAUGUUGAAGAGAAAUUCAAGAUAUCGAGGGAUAUACCGACUUUUAUACAUGCUUUGAGUGCGGUUUUAUAUAUUGAUGAUGAGGGAAUGGAGAAGAAGAUGCAAUGCUUUAGGAGUUUUGGUUGGAGUGAUUCGGAUAUUGCAUUGUUGUUUAGGAAUCAACCGUAUUGUUUCAAUAAAUCCCAAGGUAAUAUUUGUGAAAGGUUGGAGUACUUCAUGAAGGAACUUGGGUAUACACCUUUGUAUCUGAUAAGUUGUAGUACUUUCUUUACGUUUAGUUUGAAGAAAAGGGUCAUACCGAGGAAAAUGAUGUUGGAUAUCUUGAAAGAGAAGAAUUUAGCGUGUGAUAAACCGUCACUUAUUACCAUCAUAACCUACCCUGAGCCAAAGUUUAUCAAAUUCUUGCGAGGUUUUGAGAAUGAGAUCCCACGUUUAAGUGAAAUCUACGUGGAUACUGUCAAGAGAGUCUCUUAGGUGUGGUUUUCGUUCAGGUUUGUGUUAUUGAAUCUUAAAAGAAUAGGCACCUGCUGUACAACGUUUAGUCUGUAAUGUUUCUUGAAAAGUGUCUAGUCUUUAAAAGAAUACUUUGGAUAACUAGGCUACUAGAUUUUGAUCUAAAUGACUUUUGUAGGGAAGCCAAACAAUCUUCUAUGCAUAUGAAAUGAUUUUCUAAUGUGAGAUUUGGAAACAAGUUGUUAUGUGAUGCUUAUAUUAUUAGGUUCAAUUUUGUUAA